AUGAAUGACAAAACAGAUAUUAUAAAACAGAUCUUUUGUGAUUAUGAUAACUCAUUAAAAAUUAAAAGUAUAUCGCGUCCAGUAGAUGGUUAUUCAAAUUCAGUUUAUUUUGUUACAUUUUUUAAUAGUUCUAAUUUAGAACUGAUUAUAAAAUUUACUAAACCUGAUGACAUUACUGAAAUUACAUUCUAUCAACUAUUGCAUCAAGAUAGCACUAAUUAUUUACCUGUACCAAAAGUUUUCAAAUAUGAUUCGAUUGUUAGAAAUUACUAUAUAUGUUCAAAAUUACCUGGCCUACCUUUAUCACAAUUGUAUGAUUCUAUGACACAUAUACAACGAUUGGAAAUUUAUCAGGGAUUAGGUACACUUGUAGGACAGUUACAUUCAAAAUACACGUAUGAGAAAUGUGGCUAUUUACAACAUCAAUCAUUUCAUACUUGGAAAGAUUUGUUUAGUGAUAUAAUCAAAAAACAAAUUGUGCAAUUUAAUGGAACGAUGUUUGAAGAACUUGCAACUACUAUUCAUAAAUAUUUAAUUCAAAAUAUGCACUUAAUCGAUUAUAAUAUAGUACCUAGAUUAUUACAUAUGGAUUUACAUUGUGCUAAUAUUCUGAUACUCGACAUAAAAAUUACAGGUAUUCUGGAUGCUGAAGAUGCAAUUAUUGGACAUAAUGAAUAUGAAUUAAUGAGAAUUGAAAAAGGACAUUUUGAAGAGAGAGAUAGUGCUGAUUAUAGAAAUGUAUUUAUGUCUAGUUAUACAAACUAUGUAAAAUUAGAUAAUGGAUAUGAAGAACGACGACGACUAUAUUCAUUAUCGAGAGAAUUAGUUGGAAUGAGAUGUUUGAUAGAUUAUGGUGAUCAAUAUGUACAAAAUGGAUCUAUAGAACAGGAAAAGAAAAAUAUUGAAGAUAAAAUCAAGUGUAUUAUUGAAAUGAUUUAA